AUGGCGUUAUUCAGCACUCCAAAGUGUCCGUCAUGUAUCCGGCAACUCGCCGGCGGUGCCUUCCAGCAAAUUCGAGGGAAUAAGAAGAUGGUGAAGGUCCCCACGGUCACGGUUAGGCUGCUAAAAGAUGUGCCAAAAUAUGGACCAGCUGGGACCUUGAUUCCUGUUGCAAAGGGAAGAAUGAGGAGCAUAUGGUAUCCUCAGAAGGUAGCAGACUAUGUCCACUACACAGAGCUAAAGAAGAUACCGCGCGGUGAAGCCCCCCAACGAGACUUCUUCUUUCUCGCCGACACUGUUACAGGCGGUAAAAAGAAACAAAGGGCCACCGUUUCUCUCCUUUCUCCCACGCAAACCAUCGCUAUCCUCGAGGCUUUGCUCCCCCCCUCCCUCCAGUUCUCCAGCGCAACUAUUUCUCCAACAGACCACUCCCUUCACGGAUCGGUGUCUACAGUUGAUAUUGCCAACGCAAUUAAAAUGGUCUCUGCCGCGAACGGAGAGGAGGGAUCGAGGGUCGUUAUCACACCUGAUCAGAUUGAGUUGAUAGGAGUUGAUGGUGACAAGAUCAAAAUGAUUGGAGAAUACCAGUUUGAAAUCAAGAUGAAGGGAACCAAUGAUUUCGUCAGAAGACGGGCUACAGUCCAGAGGCAGGAAAUACAUUAG